UUCAGCAACAGUUAGCCGCAUUGCACUGGCGCGUGUCCCCUGGAGGAGACCGCCAACUUUCCGUAGGCCGGGACGGGAGGCCCGAGCCCGGCGAGCACAUUCCGAUGGCAGAAACCCGCUACGAUGCAGAAGAAGAGGUGAACGACCACCCGAUCGAGGAGGUCCGGAACACGGUGCCGAUCACCGACGACCCGUCGGAGCCGUCCCUGACGAUCCGAACAUGGGUGCUGGGGAUGUCGUCCUGCAUGCUUCUGGCCUUCGUCAACGAGUUCUUCAUGUACCGGUCCAACCAGCUGAGCAUCGGCACCGUGGUGGUGCAGAUCGCCACCCUGCCCAUCGGCCGGUUCAUGGCGUCGGCGCUUCCGGCGAAGCUCAUACGCGUCCCGCUCGUCGGCUGGUCCUUCGCCCUCAACCCGGGCCCUUUCAGUCUCAAGGAGCACUGCCUCAUCACCAUCUUCGCCGGCGCGGGCGCCAGCGGCGUCUAUGCCAUGAAUAUCAUCGCCAUCGUCAAGGUCUUCUAUAAGCGGGAGAUCAACCCCUACGCGGCCAUGCUGCUCGCGCAAACAACCCAGUUGCUUGGGUACGGAUGGGCUGGCUUGUUUAGGACGUACCUGGUGGAUUCAGCCUACAUGUGGUGGCCUCUAAACCUUGUCCAGGUCACCCUGUUCAGGGCGAUGCACGAGGAGGAGAAGAGGACCAAGGGGCAGCUGACACGGCUGCAAUUCUUCAUCAUCGUGUUGGUCUGCAGCUUUGCCUACUACCUGAUCCCCAGCUACCUGUUCCCGGCGGCCAGCACCCUCUCGGCGCUCUGCUGGUUCUUCAAGGACUCUGUGACGGCGCAGCAGAUCGGCUCCGGCCUCAAGGGCCUCGGCGUCGGCUCCUUCGGCCUCGACUGGAACACCAUCGCAGGGUUUAUCGGCAACCCGCUCGCCUCCCCGGCGUUCGCCAUCUUCAACAUCAUGGCCGGCUUCUCCCUCGGCAACUAUUUAGCAGUGCCGCUCCUCUACUGGACUAACACCUACAAUGCCAAGCGGUUCCCCAUCGUUUCGUCGCACGUCUUCGACGCUGCCGGGGGCCGCUAUGACACCAACCGCAUCCUCGACCCCAAGAGCUUCACGCUCAACCUCCAUGAGUACAACGCCUACAGCCGCAUUAACCUCAGCGUGCUCUUCGCCAUCAACUACGGAUUCGGCUUCGCUGGCCUCAUGUCCACGCUCUCACAUGUUGCGCUCUACCAUGGCAAGGAGAUUUUUGAUCUAUGGCGGAAGGCAGCGUCAGAGAAGGGCAAGGAGCAUGAUGUGCACACCAGGAUCAUGAAGAGGAACUACAGGUCUGUUCCGCAGUGGUGGUUCCACCUAAUGUUGGUCCUCGUGCUGGCUCUGUCAUUGUUCACAUGCGAGGGUUUCGGAGGACAGUUGCAACUACCGUAUUGGGGACUCCUCCUCGCUUGUGCCAUCGCCUUAACCUUCACGCUGCCCAUCGGCAUCAUCACUGCAACGACAAAUAUGCAACCUGGAUUAAAUAUCAUCACCGAGCUCAUCAUCGGGUACCUCUACCCUGGGAAGCCAUUGGCCAAUGUAGUAUUCAAGACAUAUGGCUACAUAAGCAUGGGGCAGGCACUAACAUUCGUGUCGGAUUUCAAGCUUGGGCAUUACAUGAAGAUACCCCCAAGGUCCAUGUUCUUAGUGCAAUUAGCUGGGACCGUCAUAGCGUCAACGGUGCACUUCGUGACUGCGUGGUGCCUGCUAACAACGGUGAAGAACAUAUGUGACGUUGAUGCCCUACCGGAGGGCAGCCCCUGGACGUGUCCAGGAGACGACGUCUUUUACAAUGCAUCCAUCAUCUGGGGUGUCGUUGGACCUCUGCGUAUGUUUGGACGCCUCGGCAACUACUGGGAGAUGAACUACUUCUUCCUCAUCGGGAUCAUUGCACCGGUGCCCAUUUGGCUGCUAUGUCGUCGGUACCCGCACAACACUUUCCUCAAAAGCAUCAAUAUUCCACUCAUCUUCGCUGGCGCCGGUGGACUCCUCCCAGCACGAUCUGUAAACUUUGUCAUGUGGGGACUCGUAGGCAUCAUAUUCAACCACUUCAUAUACAAACGAUACAAGGCAUGGUGGAUGAGGCACACCUACGUGCUCGCUGCAGGGAUUGAUGCCGGUGUCGCAUUCAUGGGAGUGCUCACAUUCAUAUCGCUAGGCUACUUUGACAUAUAUGGGGUGAGGUGGUGGGGUGGUGUUGCCGAUGACCACUGUCCUUUGGCGUCAUGCCCAACGGCACCAGGAGUAAUAGCCAAGGGAUGCCCAAUUGUCAAGUGACCCUAUCGCCAACAACAUGUACAGUAAUUACGAUGAUAGAAACUAGGAAUUGUUUUCAUGUUUCUAUGUCAUUUACGAAUGACAAUAAGAACAUGUGGAAACAUGGUAGACUUAGUCUUUUGUAGUUGUAUCUAAUUUUAUGUAAUUUGGACUAUUGUGUUUAAGGGGA